GAGAGACUUUACAAAGUUGCUCUUUACCGUUUUUACAUAAAAAGGCUUUAUCGCUUUGCUUUCUUGAAGCUUCCUCUGCUCUUUUCGGAAGUUUCGCUUCUCCUAAAGUCCUCAACCUCAACCACCGCUCCUCUCCUCUGCUUUUUUAUACGCAAAUAUACUAACUGGUUUAUCAGGUACCGUAAAACCUACAUACGUACUACUCCAGCCUUCUCUCUCCCCCAUCCACAUCUCUCUCCCUCAUCCUAUAUAUUCCUUCUGAGGCUCUGACUCGCGAAGAAUGCCCUCACAUGACCGGCCUGCAACCACGUAUACGACUCCAUAAAAAUAUAGCGACGAAACAACAAAAAUAAAAGCAGCACCCUCUCUCUCUCUCUCUCCUGUUAAAAGCUUGCGCUCUCUGCUCCCCUGUCACACCAUUUUCAGUACUGCCAGCGCCAUUAAACAGAACUCUUUUUCCCCUCUUCUCCUUUUUACCAAUUCUUUCUCAAGCCCUAAAACCCAACCAAACCCUCCAGUCAUUACCUCUCUUUUUGCUCUGGCUCUCCCAACCAUGGAAGCUUUCAGCCUGCUCAAGUACUGGAGAGGUGGAGGUGGUGGUGGCUUGGCAAACAGCGGAGCCCCCGCCUCUGCUAAUGUACGCGCGCCUGCGGCCGUUACUACUAUUGACACCACCGUACGACAGGAAACCGACGAAGGCGAUGACGACGAAGGGCCCUUCUUUGACUUGGAAUUUACGGUGCCUGAUGACGACGAUGGGGAAGGCGGCGGAGAUGACCGCGACAACCACGACGAAGAUGACAGCAAUAACGGAGAUGGCGACGAAGAUGACAGUGACUCGGCAGCAACCGAUGGAGAGAGGGAGUUCAAUUUCACGGUAUCUUCUGCCUCCAGCGACGAUCGAACGGACCCGAAUCUCUCCUUGUCACCCUCUGAUGAUCUCUUCUUCAAAGGAAAGCUCGUGCCGCUCGAGUCCUCCUCUAUCGUCUUCAAUCCUUCUGAGCCAAACUCCAAACAUCAGUUCCCUGUCUCGUUGCUGAAAUCUGCUACCAAGUUCCGCGUCUUCAUGUUAGGCUUUAAGAAACCAAAAUCCACGACGGCAGCAGAGAAGGCGGACACAAAUGGUGCCGCUGCGACUUCCCCGAAGAAACAUCAACAGCCGCAACAGAAGCAGCAGCAGGAUAAUCAUCAUCAUCAUCAUCAUCAUCACGGCAAACUUUUUACUGUGAAAUUCAAGGUCGAAGAAGUCCCGAUUGUCUCUCUCUUCACUAGAGACAACAGUUCCAGAAACUCUAGUAAUAAGCAACAGAAACAGAAUGGGGACGAGACAGUCACGGUCACGGAUGAUAAGCGGUUUUCGAAGGAUGUAGUGCAUAAGUAUCUUAAGAUGAUCAAGCCAUUAUAUAUCAGGGCUUCGAGGAGGUACGGGGAGAAGAUGAGGUUCCCUGGACAUCAGAGUUUGGGAUUGGGAAAGGCGGCAUCGCCACCGGCGGCAGCUGCCGCGACGACGGAAACACUGGCAUCCUCUCCCACAAAAACGAAGAGCAACCUUGGGGGAGAAGCAGGGGACAACGAUGCACCUACGAGUAAUGUCAAGCUCCUGAACCAUAAGCAAGGGAAUCUACCGGCGGGAUUGCGAGUGGUUUGUAAACAUCUAGGCAAGAGCCGGUCGGCAUCUUCUGCGGUGGCAGCGGUGCAGCCGGUGGGUUUUCAGGCAAGAAGACGCGAUGAUUCACUGCUGCAGCAGCAGGACGGGAUCCAGAGCGCCAUUCUUCACUGCAAGAGGUCGUUUAAUGCUUCCAUAGAUUCAGAGACUUCUCUUCUGUCGCGGUGUGCGAGUGAUCCUUCUCACGAAAUGUCUAUUUGUUCGUCGAGAAAUUCUUCCGAGGGUGGAAAUGACGAUCGGAGGCGAAGCCCCGCUUAACAUCUUAGGUCGAGAAAGAGAGAGGCGGGAAGUUGUCUAGGCUCUGUUUUCUUUCUUUCUUUUUUUUUGUUUAAAAAUUUUGUAAAAAAAAGGAAAAUGAAUUAUUAAUGAGCGAUGGUUGUUUUGAUGGAGUAGGUGGAGAUGUAGGUCAGUCACAGUAGCCACUACUCACCACUUCACCAGUUUCUUCAACUUCAUGUAAAUAAGCCAUCUGUCUGUGAAGAUAAUUAUUUCUUCUGAUCUGUGCAAGCAGAGGCAGAGAGAGUAGUAGUAUUCGAACCAGAUGAGAUCUUAA